UUAGGCAUCCGAGCAAGUCUGGACUGCUCACAGCUUGUGCCAAACCAACGCGCAACGCAGCCACGGGUAGAAAGUUUCAUUUGUCUGCAGCUCUCCGAGGACUCAACUUGACGCACGGGGAUUUUAGCUGAACAACGCGGCUGUUUAGGGAACUUUGGACACCUGCGAGUUGGGGAUUUGGGGUGGGAAACAGGCAAAAGAAACACAUCUACAACCUGCAGGUGGAGAGCGGAAUGGAUACGUUAGUUUAGGACCCCGGCCGUGCCAAGACAAGUGCCCAGAAUGAAGUAAUGAGGCAUCGGUCGUUUCAAUAGAAGACAUCGGGACUGUAGGACCAUAAACACAUUGCAAAGAUGUGGGGCUGCCUCGUCACAGUCGUACUUCUGCUCCUGUUUGGUGUGGAGCAUUCUGAAGCUCAGGGAAGGUGCAAUAAUGUCCAAGCUGCAGAUAUAGUAUUUUUAGUGGAUGGCUCGUCGAGUAUCGGUCGAGCAAACUUUCUUCAAGUGAAAAGUUUUAUGGCUGGGAUUGUGAAACCCUUCGUCAGUUCAGUGGGUGCUUCUGGGAUACGGUUUGGAGCAGUGCAAUACAGUGACACUUCAAGGGUUGAGUUCACCUUUACCUCAUACCUGAACGGCACAGAGCUGGUCAACGCUGUGGAGAAUCUGAAUUAUAAAGGAGGAAAUACUCGAACAGGGGCGGGGCUAAAGUUUGUGUCUGAUAACUUCUUUAACCCUGCCUCCAGCCGGGACGUCCCAAAGAUCACCAUCCUGAUCACUGAUGGGAAGUCCCAGGACAAUGUACAGGACCCGGCGCAGAGGCUGAGGAGUCAAGGAGUGCACGUCUUUGCAGUUGGUAUCAAGAGCGCUGACAGAAAUGAAUUGGCUCUGGUUUCGUCCGAGCCCAGUGCAGACUUCACCUCUUUUGUGGGAGAGUUUAAAUUACUGAGCACCCUCCUUCCCAUCGUCAGCCCCAGAGUCUGUUCAAGAGCAGGAGGAGUCUAUGCCAGUGAUGAGGCCUUUUCAGGCCCAUCCAACCUGCAGUUCACAGGACAGAGCUCGGACUCACUCAGGUUCAGGUGGAACGCUGCCUCUGGUCCGGUCAGUGGGUACCUGGUCCAGUACGCCCCUCUGUCAGGACUGGGACAGCCCAUCAACUCUGAACUCAGACAGGAGACAGUGUCGGCCUCUCAGCGCUCCUUCACAGCCCGAGAGCUGCGGUCGGGCACAGAUUACCUGGUCACUGUCAUCGCUCAGUACCCCAACAAUGUGGGAGAGUCCACCUCGGCUAAACAGAGGACCCGGUCCAUACCAGGAGUGUCCAACCUGCGUCUGAUCCAGGCCGGCUUCUUCUCUCUGUCUGUGGGCUGGGACCAACCCUCCACUCCAGUGCAGGGAUACAGACUCACCUAUGGACCCAGAGGCCAGCCGGCUACAGAGCUCCUGGAGCAGUCCUUGUCUGCAGACAGCACCUCCAUCACACUAGAGUCUCUUCAGCCUGGGACGGAGUAUGUAAUCAGCCUAUACCCUCUGGUCCCACGAAGCUCCGCCUCCCCCUCCGUGCUCAACGCCAACACAUUGUCUCUGGAGGCGGUGCAGCAGCUGUCUGUGGAGACUGAGUCGGAGGGCAGUGUGAGGGUGCAGUGGGGAGCAGUGAGUGGAGCUCAGGGUUAUCGACUGGUCUGGGGCCCGUUCACAGGUCAGUCAGUGGAGACAGCAGAGGUGGUGGCCGACACAACCUACUACGUUUUGUCUCGACUGGAGCCGGACACAGAGUACAUCAUCACCAUCAUCCCUCUGUACCAGGGCGGCACCGAGGGACCCGUGGCCACUGCACGCUUUAAACUAGAGCGUCAGGAGCAGCAGCAGCUCCGAGCGCUCACCACAGGCCCCUCCACCAUCAGACUCAUCUGGAGGUUCAUCCAGUCGUCCAGAGGGUAUCGACUCGAGUGGAGGGCUGGCGAGGGAGGCCGUGUGCAGAGCCUGUCCUUUCCCAGAGGCACCACAAACUUUGACCUGACAGGACUCCAGCCGAACACAGAGUACAUCAUCACUCUGUACACUCUGUAUGAGGGACGAGAGGAGGCUACACCCGUGUCCACUGCAGGCAGAGAGGAGCAGCCGGUGGGCAGAGUGUCAAACCUGCGUGUGGUGGAGUCUCUGGGCAGCACCGUGAGACUGGGCUGGACUGGGGUCGCCGGGGCAACGCAGUACAGGAUCAUCAUUCAAAACACAGAGGAUGGCAGUGAUGAAGUUCGCACUAUCCCUGGAAACCAGACGACCUUUGACCUGCGUGACCUCAUAGUGGGCGUGUCUUAUGCGGUCAGUGUCACGGCGAUGGUGGGAGGCAACGAAGGAGAUCCAGUGACUGUGUACAUCAAACCAGAACAAGUGGUGGGCCGAGUUGGCAACCUGAGAGUGACCAACUCCAACAGCAGGAGGAUACGGAUCAGCUGGAUCGGAGUCAGUGGAGCCACAGGCUACAGAGUCACCUGGAGACAGGGCAACGGUCCAGAGCAGUCCCGCACAGUGGGCUUAGAGAGCACCUCCUUCACCAUAGACGGGCUGUCCCCUGACGUUGCCGUGGUGAUAGGUGUGUCCGCUCUGAUUGGUGACCGGGCUGGGGAGGUGGUCACCCUUUCAACCCGGACAACCCCAAAUGCGGGCUCAGUGUCCGGGCUGCGCAUCGUCGACGUAACCACACAGAGGAUCAGGAUCAGCUGGGCCCCCUCGUCCAGAGCCACGGGAUACAAGAUCACAUGGAGGAGGGAUGAUGGUUUUGAGGCAUCUCGUACAGUGGCAACUAAUGUCUCCUCCUUCACCAUCGAUGGGCUGCAGGCGGACUCGGCCUACAGUGUGUUAGUGUCUGCUCUGAGCGGGUCCAGAGAGGGGAAUCCUGCCACUAUCACUGUCAGGACAGAGUCGGAUCAGUCCGUGGUGGGAACAGUGACUUCUCUCCAGGUUCAGGAGGCCCGAGGACAGGUGGUCCGGGUCACGUGGGUAGGAGUCCAGGGGGCAACGUCCUACAGAGUGUCCUGGAGGAGAACAGAUGGGGGAGAGGUGCGCAGUCGUGAGGUGAGUGGGGACCAGACUGCAGUGGACUUGGAUCAGCUGGACCCCGGGGCUCAGUACGAGGUCCAAGUCAUGGCUCUGGUCCAGAACAGAGAGGGGACCCCAGUGUCUGUGAGAGUCACCACACCUGGCACCUCCACCCCUCUGCCCACCACCAGGCUCCAGGUCUCAGAAGUGACCCAGAACUCUGUGCGUUUGGCCUGGGCUCCUGUCUCUGGGGUCACUGGGUAUAUUCUACGUUGGAGAGAUGAGACAGACUCAGAGGCAGGUCUCACCAUCACGCUCCCCUCUUCCUCAAACUCUUAUCUCGUGACUGGACUGCGUUUGGGACGGAGGUAUCGCUUCAGUCUUCAGCCUACUUUUGAGAGUGGACUGGGCUCUGAGACCUAUGUAGAUGAACACCCAGUGUGUGCGGGCGGUCGGUUGGAUGUGGUGUUCCUGGUGCCUGCGUCCACAGACAGACUGAACCUGGCAAGACCCAUGAGAGCUCUGCUGACCAGUGCAGCUCGUUCUCUCAACACCUUUGGGGAGAGAGAUUCACAGAUGGGAGUUGUAGUUUACGGGUACAGACCUAAAAUCUGGUUUCUGCUAAACCGCCACAGCCGAUCUGACUCUCUGCUCCAGGAGAUCCAGUCCACGCCCUUCGAUGAGGGCCCGGGAAAUAACAUAGGCCAGGCAGUGAACUUCACCACUCAGUACCUCCUGACACCAUCGGCUGGUCGCAGGCCUCGGGUUCCUGGGACAGUGGUGAUCAUCGCAGACCGCCGAUCCCAAGACAAUCUCACCCUGGCCGCCAACUACCUCAGAGCUACAGGGGUGACUGUGCUGGGCGUGGGAGUGGGCCAGGCAGACACAGAGGAGCUGCGCAGAGCUGUGACCGACAGCAGCCCUCAGAACAUCCUGUACGCCACAGACGCUUCACAGCUCGACUCCCUUCACACCGAACUGUCCGACCUGCUCUGUGGCAUCGCUCGCAUACCUGAAGUGUUUCCAGGCACCGAUCAGUGUGCUAUCCACUGUCCAAGGGGAGACAAGGGAGACCGUGGAGAGAAGGGUGAAAGAGGCAGAGAUGGUGUGGAUGGACGCAAGGGGGAGCCGGGUCGCGAUGGUCUCCCCGGGAGAGAUGGGAUAAGGGGUCCUGAGGGUCGCCCUGGUCCGCCUGGUCCCAGCGUGCCCAUUGACCCCUCGGCUGGACUCAAAGGGGAGAAGGGGGAGAGGGGAUUUCCUGGAAUCGAUGGAAGCUCAGGGUUACCAGGGCGACCAGGUUCUCCAGGAAAUGCAGGCAUUCCAGGUUCACAGGGUCUUCCAGGCAUCAGAGGGACUCCAGGUGAAUCUGGUUUGCCUGGAGCUGUCGGGCCAAAGGGAGACAAGGGAGAAAGGGGUGAACCAGGGUCUGCAGUGUCUGGAGGAGGUUUGCCUGGAAGAAAAGGUGAACCAGGCCUCCCAGGAAUACCAGGAACUCCAGGACGUCCAGGGACUGAUGGGGCCAAAGGAACGUCUGGAUCCCAAGGGUCUCCAGGACAGGAUGGUCGCCCCGGGUUACCAGGCACACCCGGACUCUCCAUUAAGGGGGACAAGGGCAGCCCCGGAGAAAGGGGACCUCCAGGAGUGGGCAGCGGUUCGGCCAUCAAGGGCGACAAGGGCUCCCCAGGCAGUGCAGGACUCCCAGGGGCCCCAGGUGCCAAGGGGCAGGCGGGAUCACCAGGCUCCAAGGGUGACAAGGGGGAGGGGGGACCGGGACUGCCAGGACCUCCAGGCAGACAAGGAGAGCCAGGGGACAGAGGUCCCCGCGGUCCACCAGGGGAGAUUGGCAGCAAGGGAGACCGUGGACAGCCUGGAGAGCCUGGUUCAGAGGGGGACAGGGGUGAGCGAGGACCAGCUGGAGAGACCGGUGAGAGAGGGCCCCCAGGGAAACCAGGGCCAGCUGGAGCUCAGGGGUUAAGAGGUUUACCAGGACCCGGCGGACCACCUGGGGAAAAGGGAAAUGAUGGUACGCCGGGGGAGCCAGGCCGAAGCAUUCCAGGUUUGCCAGGAAAGAAAGGAGAACAGGGGACUCGGGGGCUUCCUGGUGUGGACGGGAUAAAGGGAGAGCAAGGAGAACCAGGACAGAAAGGUGAGCCUGGCUCAGGAGGAGCAGGAGGAGGAGGAACUAAAGGAGAACCAGGAGCUCGGGGCCCUCCUGGACUCAGUGGAAAACCAGGAGAAAAGGGUGAACCAGGGGACGCUGGAGAAAAGGGUGAUGGCGGCAAACCUGGAAUCCCAGGAAAACCAGGACUUCCAGGAAAACCAGGGGAAAAAGGAGAAAAAGGCGACGACGGCAUCCCUGGGGAGUCUGGGCUGCCGGGGAAAAAUGGAGAGAGAGGACUGAGGGGUCUCGCUGGACAGCCAGGACGUCCAGGAGAGAAGGGCGAUGCUGGGGAGCCAGGGGAGCAGGGUCGAAAUGGCAGUCCUGGAUCCGCGGGGCCCAGAGGAGAGAAGGGAGAGCAGGGACCUAUAGGACCUGCCGGACCACCAGGAAAAGUGGCUGAUAUCCAGGGCACUCUAAAAGGAGAAAGAGGAGAGAAGGGUGAUGCAGGAGACCCAGGGGAGCAUGGAGGUAAAGGCCAGAAAGGAGAGGUUGGUGCUCCGGGUCCUGCUGGUCUGAGAGGGCCUGAGGGACAGCGGGGGCUGCCUGGAGCAAGAGGUGAUGCCGGAGAAAGGGGGUCCCCGGGAGACAAGGGAGACAGGGGUGCAUCUGGGUUGGAUGGUCGGCCUGGUCUGGAUGGUAAACCAGGAGCUCCAGGAGCUCCAGGGCUUAGGGGAGAUCCGGGGAAACAAGGAGAUCCUGGCAGAGACGGUUUAUCAGGACUGCGAGGAGAGCAGGGACCCUCAGGCCCCGCUGGUCCACCUGGUGUGGCUGGGACACCUGGUAAAGCAGGUGAAGAUGGUAAACCAGGCCUUCCAGGAAAAGCGGGUGAAGACGGUGAGCCUGGGGAAGAUGGAAGAAAGGGUGACAAAGGAGACUCAGGAGCGGCUGGCCGAGAUGGGAGAGAUGGACUGAAGGGAGAUCGAGGCCUGCCUGGACCCGCAGGCCCUGCAGGACCCCCGGGACCAGCAGGACCCUCUGGAGCUGUGGGUCCUCCAGGACAGGUGGUCUAUGUCAAAGGAGUUGAAGCUGCUCCCAUACCAGGUCCUCAGGGGCCUCCAGGAACUCCAGGGGUACCAGGGAUCCCAGGAGCAGCGGGGCAGCGUGGGGAGAGAGGAGCCCCUGGCCCAAAAGGUGACGCUGGAGACCCGGGAGAGGACGGAGCACCAGGGAAACCGGGGACUGCAGUGGAUUUACAGAAGGCUCUGGCUGGCUUUGGGAUCCUGGUAUCUGAUCUGAAAGUUGUGGUGGACAAGAAGGAUAUCCAAGCUGCUCGUCCUGAAGUGAAGCCCCAGAAAGGAGACAAAGGAGACAGAGGAGACCCAGGACUGAGGGGGCCAGGCGGGGAAGACGGUGCUCGAGGUUCCCCUGGAGACAGAGGACCUAAAGGAGAGCAGGGUGAGCGAGGACCAGCCGGAGCCACGGGACCCCCAGGUAGAGCCAUCGGAGAGAGGGGACCAGAGGGACCCGCGGGACCUGCUGGAGAGCCUGGAAAACCCGGUAUUCCUGGGGUCCCGGGACGAGCAGGAGAACUGGGAGAGGCUGGGAGACCUGGAGAAAAGGGAGACAGAGGCGAGAAAGGGGACAAAGGUGAAAUGGGCAAAGUCGGGGUAACAGGACCAGCUGGCCCUCCAGGUCAGAAGGGAGCUUCUGCUGAUUCAGUGGUGGCUGGGACUCCAGGUGUCAGAGGCCCUCCCGGAGUCAUGGGACAGAAAGGAGAGCCAGGUGCCGCAGGAGUCCCAGGACCUAAAGGAGACAGGGGUUUUGCGGGACCUCAAGGUAACAAAGGGGACAGAGGAGAAGCAGGAGAGAGAGGACGGGAUGGUUCACAGGGUAUUCCCGGGGAGCCAGGUAAACCCGGUCAGGAUGGGAAACCGGGGCUGCCUGGGUUCCCUGGAGUGCUGGGCAGACCGGGAAACCCCGGAGAACCAGGCAUCAGAGGACCAACUGGUCCUAUGGGUCCCAACGGCCCCCCCGGAGCUCCAGGUGUGAAGGGAACUCAGGGAGAGCCAGGCGUUGGAGUACCGGGUCCCCCAGGUGCCCAAGGGAGCACAGGUCUGCCGGGACCCCCAGGACCUCCCGGGGCUGUGGGUCCACAAGGCCCUCCAGGACUCUCCGGGCAGGUGGGUGAAGCAGGUAAACCAGGGGUCCCAGGUCGAGAUGGGGUCCCAGGUAAAGAGGGCAUCCCAGGACUCCCCGGAAAACAGGGCAUCGCAGGCCCCCCGGGACUGGCUGGUCUGAAGGGAGAGCAGGGAGACAGUGGUCCUCCUGGGAAGGCUGUAGCCGGACCCCCGGGACCCAAGGGAGAGCGGGGUCCCGCUGGUCAGACUCUGGCUGGACCAAGAGGGGACGCAGGUCCACCUGGAGAAAAGGGGGACAGAGGAGACAGAGGAUCUCCUGGUGCUAAAGGAGAACGAGGUUUGGUGGGAGAACCUGGAGAGGCUGGAGAAGAUGGAGCACAAGGAUCUCCAGGGCCCAAAGGAGAUAAGGGAGAGAAAGGCAUAGGACUAGCCGGUCCAGCUGGACGCAUUGGACCUCCAGGUUUAAAAGGAGAUCCAGGUCUUCCAGGCCCAGCUGGUCCUCCAGGUCUUCAGGGAAAGUCCGGAGACAACGGCGUCCCAGGAGUCAGAGGAGAGAACGGAGCCCCGGGACCCCCAGGACCCCCAGGAGAACGGGGUCUUCAAGGUUUUCCUGGUCGAGCAGGAAACCCAGGAGGUCCAGGUCCCGCUGGUCCUGCCGGAGAAGCAGGCGCGCCUGGUACAAAUGGGUCGAAAGGAGACAAGGGAGAGGUGGGGGUGGGUACACCAGGCGCCAGAGGAGAGAGAGGCGACACAGGACCAAGGGGUGAAGACGGUCGUCCCGGUGCAGAUGGAGAGAGAGGAGCAACAGGUGCUCCGGGUCUCCGUGGUACUCGAGGUGACAAGGGUGACAUCGGGCCACAAGGUGACAAAGGAGAAAAGGGCGACACUGUGCUGGUGGGAGGACCUCAGGGAGAAAAGGGAAACAAAGGAGAACAAGGUGACCGAGGACCGAAAGGGAUCCAGGGAGAAAAGGGUCUGAAAGGCCAAGAUGGUCCUGCAGGAGAACAGGGCCUGAGAGGGGAGCCAGGAGAGGGAGGCUCACCUGGUUUCCCCGGAGCUCGAGGCCCAGGCGGUCAGAAGGGAGAAGCAGGCCAGCCGGGAGUACCUGGAGAAUCGGGUUUACCAGGAAAAGACGGACUUCCCGGACGUAAAGGCGACAAGGGCGAGCUUGGCAUCACUGGGCUACGAGGCAUCAAGGGAGACAGAGGACCUAAAGGUGUCUGUGGAGGGGAGGGACCCAAAGGAGACAAGGGAGAUGGUGGUAUCCCAGGCCGCUCGGGACUACCAGGGAGAAAGGGAGAACAGGGUGAUGUUGGUCCUGCCGGUGCUCUCGGUAGUCCAGGGAAAGAGGGAAUUGUCGGACCAAAGGGAGAUCGAGGCUUUGACGGAGUGUCUGGAUCCAAAGGAGCUCAAGGAGAGAAAGGUGAACGGGGCCCACCAGGCAUCCCUGGCCCCCCAGGUCCCAGAGGAGCAGACGGGCCUCCAGGUCUGACUGGACCCCAGGGACCAGCUGGAACCUCUGGACCAGAGGGACUUCAGGGACAGAAGGGGGAGAGAGGGCCCUUAGGUCCAGCCAUGGUCGGUCCACGAGGUAUCCCAGGAAUCCCAGGAGAGCGCGGAGAGCCAGGGGAGCUGGGGCCAGAUGGAGCCAAGGGAGACAGAGGAGAGCCAGGCAUGACGGAGGAUGAGAUCCGCGAGUACGUCCGCACAGAGAUGAACCAGCACUGUGCGUGCGGAGGUUCCGGCUCGGUCCGAUCUCGGCCUGUCCUGGAGCAGCAGUCGUCCCAUCCGGGGCAGGAGGGCCGUGAGCUGCGAGUGGUGGUGAACACAAACGAUCCAGACUACGAGCACAUUUACUCCAUCGAGGCGUACGACGACCCUAUGGACGAGAUGCUCUACUUCGGUCCAUCUGCCAACGGGACGGAGGAUGCUGUUGUCAAAGAGGUGUCAGAGAAUAAGAUGGACAAAGCGCCCAAAGCGAGCGUGGCUGUGAUUCACAAGGACGUGAAGGGGUCAGGCGGUCCAGUGAAAGCAGCCAAGCCCAGGCUCCAGCGAAUGGCCAAAGGGAAAGACCCAGAGGAGCGCUGCCUGUUGCCCAUGGAGGAGGGCAGUUGUGGCCGUUACACUCUCCGCUGGUACUUUAACAAUGUGGUACAGUCCUGCAGACCCUUCAUCUACAGCGGUUGUCAGGGCAACGACAACCGCUUCCUGCACCUGGAGGACUGUGAAGAGGCCUGUCUCGGAAAAGGGUCCAGCCGGAAAAGAAAGUCCAGCGACUGUGAGAUUUACUCUGAAUUUGAGCCUAAGAAGUCGGCUCUUUGUUCAGGAGUCGACACACUGCAGACGGCUCCCAGCACAGAGCACAAAGUACAAGGCUCCAAUGGUUUGGUCUCCAGCAUUUUUGAGACGAAACCGAGCGAUUUCCAAAGUCGCAAAAGAAAAGCCAGCGAUGAAGCCAUUUGGGAUGGAUUUAAGACCAAAAAAUCUCGUCCCGAGGAAGCUGCAAAAUCAGAGAACGCUGUGAAGAAGAAGAGGAGAGAGAGAAGAAGGCUGAAAAAAGCCCUGAGGAGAAUGGCUAAAGUCAGAGAUGCGUCUGACUUUGAGCUGAAAUACGAGCAGUAUGAGGAGCUCGGAGAGGGUGGAUUUGGCUCUGUGUUUGCUGGUGUCCGGAAAUCAGACCAACAAACCUUUUUGUUCCAUUUUCACUUUCAGCUCAUUAAAAACAAGGUGUACGACGUCCCCUCUGAGGUGGCCCUGAUGACCAAAGCCGCUCCAGACCUCCACUCGGUCGGACUCAAUCCCUCCGUCAGUCUGCUGAAUUGGUACAGUCUGGACCAAGAGGAGAAGGUCGUGCUGGUCAUGGAGAGACCGACCCCGUCCCAGGACCUGUUUGACUACUGUGUGGAAAUUCACCCCUGCCAGAAGACCAGGCCAAGCUACGUUAUCUUGGAAAAGGUGCUGAUGAAGCAGGUUGUGGACGCCCUGCAGGACCUUCACGCCAAAGGGGUUUUCCAUAGAGACAUCAAACUGGAAAACCUCCUGGUCCAAGACACAGAGUCCGGUCCCAGGAUCCGUAUCAUCGACUUUGGCUGUGGCUGCCUGACCCGAUCAGAGCCCUUCUACAGUUACAGAGGGACUAGAGAACUGGCACCUCCAGAGAGCUUCAUGGGUAAAGGUUACCACUCUGGCCCCACCUCAGUGUGGCAAACUGGGGCCCUACUGUACGAAUUAGUGCGCUCUGUUGGUGACUAUCCGUUCACCACCGAGAACUACGUGGACGGAAAACUUAGUGAUCUGAGCGGCCUGUCGCAAGAGGGCCGUGACUUCCUCCAGGCCUGCCUUACACUGGACCCAAACCAAAGAUUAAGUCUUGACCAGCUGAGCCACCAUCCUUGGUUCAGCGCGGUUUAA